AUGCAGGAAGCUAAUGAACACUCUCAGAAAAUACACAGCAUGCAGGAAGCUAAUGAACACUCUCAGAGAAUACACAGCAUGCAUGAAGCUAUUGAACAAUCCCAGAGAAUACACAGCAUGCAGGAAGCUAAUGAACACUCUCAGAGAAUACAUAGCAUGCAGGAAGCUAAUGAAAACUCUCAGAGAAUACACAGCAUGCAGGAAGCUAAUGAACACUCUCAGAGAAUACACAGCAUGCAGGAAGCUAAUGAACAAUCCCAGAGAAUACAUAGCAUGCAGGAAGCUAAUGAACACUCUCAGAGAAUACACAGCAUGCAGGAAGCUAAUGAACACUCUCAGAGAAUACACAGCAUGCAGGAAGCUAAUGAACACUCUCAGAGAAUACAUAGCAUGCAGGAAGCUAAUGAAAACUCUCAGAGAAUACACAGCAUGCAGGAAGCUAAUGAACAAUCCCAGAGAAUACAUAGCAUGCAGGAAGCUAAUGAACACUCUCAGAGAAUACACAGCAUGCAGGAAGCUAAUGAACACUCUCAGAGAAUACACAGCAUGCAGGAAGCUAAUGAACACUCUCAGAGAAUACAUAACAAGCAGGAAGCUAAUGAACACUCUCAGAGAAUACAUAGCAUGCAGGAAGCUAAUGAACACUCUCAGAGAAUACAUAGCAUGCAGGAAGCUAAUGAACACUCUCAGAGAAUACAUAGCAUGCAGGAAGCUAAUGAACACUCUCAGAGAAUACAUAGCAUGCAGGAAGCUAAUGAACACUCUCAGAGAAUACACAGCAUGCAGGAAGCUAAUGAACACUCUCAGAGAAUACACAGCAUGCAGGAAGCUAAUGAACAAUCCCAGAGAAUACAUAGCAUGCAGGAAGCUAAUGAACACUCUCAGAGAAUACAUAGCAUGCAGGAAGCUAAUGAACACUCUCAGAGAAUACACAGCAUGCAGGAAGCUAAUGAACACUCUCAGAGAAUACACAGCAUGCAGGAAGCUAAUGAACAAUCCCAGAGAAUACACAGCGAGCAGGAAGCUAAUGAACAAUCCCAGAGAAUACACAGUGUACAGAAAGCUAAUGAACACUCUCAGAGAAUACACAGUGUACAGAAAGCUAAUGAACACUCUCAGAGAAUACAUAGCAUGCAGGAAGCUAAUGAACAAUCCCAGAGAAUACACAGUGUACAGAAAGCUAAUGAACAAUCUCAGAGAAUACAUAGCAUGCAGGAAGCUAAUGAACAAUCCCAUAGAAUACACAGUAUGCAGGAAGCUAAUGAACAAUCCCAGAGAAUACACAGCGUGCAGGAAGCUAAUGAACACUCUCAGAAAAUACACAGCAUGCAGGAAGCUAAUGAACAAUCCCAGAGAAUACACAGCAUGCAGGAAUCUAAUGAACAAUCCCAGAGAAUACACAGUGUACAGAAAGCUAAUGAACACUCUCAGAGAAUACACAGUGUACAGAAAGCUAAUGAACACUCUCAGAGAAUACAUAGCAUGCAGGAAGCUAAUGAACAAUCCCAGAGAAUACACAGUGUACAGAAAGCUAAUGAACAAUCUCAGAGAAUACACAGCAUGCAGGAAGCUAAUGAACACUCUCAGAGAAUACACAGCGUACAGAAAGCUAAUGAACAAUCUCAGAGAAUACAUAGCAUGCAGGAAGCUAAUGAACAAUCCCAUAGAAUACACAGCAUGCAGGAAGCUAAUGAACAAUCCCAGAGAAUACACAGCGUGCAGGAAGCUAAUGAACACUCUCAGAAAAUACACAGCAUGCAGGAAGCUAAUGAACAAUCCCAGAGAAUACACAGUGUACAGAAAGCUAAUGAACACUCUCAGAGAAUACAUAGCGUACAGAAAGCUAAUGAACAAUCCCAGAGAAUACACAGCAUGCAGGAAGCUAAUGAACACUCUCAGAGAAUACACAGCAUGCAGGAAGCUAAUGAACACUCUCAGAGAAUACAUAGCAUGCAGGAAGCUAAUGAACAAUCCCAGAGAAUACAUAGCAUGCAGGAAGCUAAUGAACAAUCCCAGAGAAUACAUAGCAUGCAGGAAGCUAAUGAACAAUCCCAGAGAAUACACAGCGUACAGAAAGCUAAUGAACAAUCUCAGAGCAGACCAAACCUACAGUAA